AUGUUAGUCCAAGAUUUUGGGAAAAAGGAUGUGGCCAGUCCAUCCAAUUCAAAGUAAGAUACUUUUAUGUUUCAUCUGGUAAACUAUUAUUUUAGGCAAUACUUUUUUUUGUUAAUUAUUGCAAAAGUUUUGCGAUGCUUUGGUAUCUUCCUUUCACAUUUUCUGGCGAAACAGGUCCACGUUGUCACGUUGUUAUGGCUGAUGAAGAUUAUGUGAGUACGCAAGGAUUUUUUUUUUGAUUUUAAGUUUAGGGCUUCAUCUAUUCUUGUGCCGUUACAAAAGCCGUUUGCAAAUGGGAAGUCGAUUAGGAAGUCCGUGGUAAGGACUUGGCGUUUGCGUUUGACGUUUAGAGUUCGGUUGUUAAUCGUCUAACAUUAAUUGUAGCAUGUGCGGAUAGCUCAGCUUGCGUUCUAUAAUUCCUUGGUGGAGGUGUUAUGGUUCUACGGGAUAACGUUUUGCGGGCCUCUCCGUUCAAUUCUUGUGUUUGAACAGAGCCCGACUGUAAUGUUUGCCGCUGUGACGGCAUUGAUAGGAGUUAAUGGAUCCACCUCAAAGACUCGUGGAGUAUGGGGAAUAAUUUUUGGCUUCUUGAUACUCUUCUUUAUGGACGAGGAUUCUACAGUUGAACUGAAUCACUGUAAGACUAGUUAUUCUUCUUGCUUGAACUAAAUUAUUAUUAUUGUUUUAGCGGAGGCCCACAAGCAUCAAGGGGGUCUAAAUCACAUGUUCUAUCAUGUCCUCAGUUGGUUUGGUAUUUCUGACCAUAAGGGCGGAGUGGUCGUUCUAUUAUUUACAUUAUUCUUGAAGAUGGGAUAUGACUCUCAAUUCAGACAUGUGGCUGUGGAGAUUGGAGGUUCGAAAAGACUGCAUGCGAUGGUAUCCGUGAUGUCAGGGCUAUUCUUAACGCCAUUUGCGGUUUUUUCGAUACUAUUAUCAAGUGUAAGGUUACCCUAUUCACAUUUAUUUUAUGGAUAGUUGUAUACUGUGUUAUUGUUUUAGUCCCACAUCGACGGCUUCUUCUCUUUCCUCGUUGUUUCUUUUAUUGCAGCAGCUUUCUUAUUUGUUAUUGACUUCAAUACCGAGCAAAUAUGUUUCAAAGUAAGUUUUUUGCCGCCACGACUUUUCGGGUCAACGCCAGUUUGAGUCGGCGAUACUUUGGGUUGCCUUGCAUGAUUGGAGGCUAGGAGAAGACUUUGUUUACAGAAAAAAUAAGAUUGAGGUGGAAAAUCGUGAAUUGGGGGAAAAGGACGAUUGAGGAAAAUCAAUUGGGGAAACUGUAAAGUAUUAUUUUUCUUCGACGAGAGAGUCGAAAUUAGGAUAACCGAUGGCGCUGAUUUCGCAGAUGACAUUCAUUUUUUUAUCGUUACUGUUUUGCUUAAUUAGUACUGUAAAGCAGUAAUUUUUUUUAACCCUUUUUACAACACUCGAUUUAGGGGUUUUCGAUGGUUCGAUGGUGCUGAAUUCAAAUCAAAAAAAUUAACGAAAACGUUCAAAACAUUACUGCUUUACAGUACUACUUAAAUAAAAUAGUAACGAUAAAAAAUGAAUGUCAUUUUCGAAAUCAGCGCCAUCGGUUAUCCUAAUUUUGACACUUACAUCUAAAAAAUAGUGCUUUUCAGUUUCUCCAAUCAUUGGUCCCGGAUCAGGUCUUAUUGUUAGAAUAGUUUAUCACCACCAAUCUUCAUUUGUUUUGACCUUGUCUAUUUUACAAUAGCGCAGGGGCAAGAAAACUAUAGUUGUUAGUUUUCUUGAUAAAAUUUAAAAAAAGGUCAUAUUGAAACUUCUGUCCUACAACUUUUGCGAGUCUCCUGUCGUCGACCCGAAAAGUCGGGAUGUGAUUUUUUUUCUUUUGCACAUCUUUUUUUUAGCACGAUCCAGAUCCGGUAAUGACGGCAGCCAGGUGGUCUCCCAUCACCAUGUUCGUGUGCUCGUUUAUCAUCUCCUGGUUGUGGUAUGCACGAGAGACUGUGGCCAUAAGCGAUCAUCCUCUUUCCGCUGGGGUCUUUUUAACGACAGUCCUGUUUUGCUUUGGUAUGUUAAAAUGAGCUAAAUUAAUUUGUCCUUUAGCAUCACUGUCGAUAACGUCAUCGAAGGAAAAGGCUCCAAGAGGUGGGCAUUAUAUUGGACUAUCAAAUGAUGGGAAACCUUUAUAUAGUUAUGGAGAGGCAUUCUUGAAAAAGACUUCAAAGUAAGUAUUACUAUUAUUACCUAAUUCUCUUAGAUCCAUUCUGCAUUUUUGUCAGGAGACGAUGAAGGAGAUCCUGGACAACUCUGACUCGAGGAGGAUCUUUUACUUUUUAUGCGCAAAUCUGGUAACUUGUUACUUUUUUUCUGUUAGAAGUUAACAUCGAUCAUGGAAUAAUGGUAACUUUCAGGCAUUUUGUGGUGUUGAAUUUCUCUAUGGAUUCUUAACCAACAGUCUCGGCUUGAUCUCUGAUGGAUUCCAUAUGUUAUUCGACUGCCUCUCCUUAGUGAUGGGUCUGGUCGCUUCAGUUGCUUCAAGAUGGAUAUCAAACCGGACAUAUUCUUUCGGCUACGGACGUGUGGAAGUUCUCUCCGGGUUUAUCAAUGCCAUGUUCUUGAGUGUGAUCGCUUUUUUCAUCUUCUUAGAAGCCGUUGGUCGUUUAUAUUCGCCUCCAGAUAUCAACACCGACAAGUUAAUGGUGGGUCAAGUUUAUUUAUUGCAUCUUCUCUGCUUUAGUUAGUUGCCGUUGCCGGGCUUUUGAUCAAUAUUUAUGGAAUGUAUGCCUUUCACGGAGAUCACGGCCAUUCGCAUGGCGGUGGUGAUCACGGCCAUAGUCAUCAUGGUCAUUCUCAUGGAGGAAAUGCGAACAUGCAGGGAGUCUUCCUCCAUGUUUUGGCAGAUACUCUCGGCAGUGUGUUUGUCAUCAUCAGCACUUUAUUUCUGCAAUAUUUUGGAUGGAAAUGGGUAGAUCCACUGUGUUCUUUGGUGUUAUCCCUCCUCAUUGGCAGUUCUGUGUUCCCAUUACUUAAGUCAUCUGGAUCAGUUCUUUUACAGUGUAUCCCCGAUGAAAUCGAAGAAGAAGUAGAUCAUGUCUAUGAUGAGGUAAAAUUAGGUCUCCAUGAUGACUUGGUUAUAGAUCCUCAAUGUAAAUGGAGUGAAGUCACUAUCCGACUUCCAUUUAUGGCAAUUGAAAUCAGAAGCCAACGUUGCUACCAUCUGUAUUCAAGUGUACGAUAAUAUGGACGAGGAGGAGAUACGAUACAUUGUCAGACAAAUCAUGAAACGCUACGGCGUUCAGCAAAUGACAAUCCAAGUGGAAAAGACUUUGUUCGAGACGAGAGUGCAAUCCAGAAUCCCUGGCUACAGAAGGGUAGGAUUAGUGGACCGGAGUUCCUUCAUCCCCAGCGCCAAUCAUUCCCAUAGUCAUGGCAUUGAUCAUGGCCAUAGUCAUUCUGAUGUAGCCCAUGGUCAUAGUCAUCACGGACAAGAGACGUGUCAGAACGGAUCUCUUACUCAACAUCAUCACGGUCAUUAG